AUGUCUUACUACGGCGGUGGCGGUCCCCCGCAAGGAUAUGGCGGCGGUGGUCCUCCACAACAGUACGGAGGUGGAGGAGGUGGUGGAUACAACCAAGGUCCACCUCAAAACCAGUACGGCGGCGGCGGAAAUCAAUACGGCGGAGGUGGGAACCAAUACGGAGGCGGCAACAACCAAUACGGCAACAACUCCAACCACCCACCACCACCUCAAGGCGUCCCGCCACCAUGGUACCCCGAAUGGCACCCUCAAGACAACCGCUACAUCUUCAUCAACGGCCAGACUGGCGAGCGGAGUUGGGAGUUCCCUCGAGGUGGUCCGCCGCCACAGCAGAACUACUAUGGAGGAGGACAGCAAGGAGGAGGUUAUCCUUCAGGUCCUCAGGGAGGUGGAGGAGGAUACGGUGGUCAGCAGCAGCAGCAGCAGCAGAAGAAGGGCGGUCAUGGGCUUAUGUAUGGAGCGAUGGGCGCGGCGGGAGGACUCCUCGCCGGAGCGCUUUUGAUGCACGAGGGUCAUGAAUUGCACGAGGAUUUCGACGAACACAAAGACCGCCUCGAGCAAAACAUCGGAGAUUUGCCUGAAAACGCCGCCCGCUGGACCGGUGAGAAAGUUGGCGAGGUCGAGGCCAUUCCCGAAAACAUCGAGGAAGGUUUCGAUCGAUUUGGGAACCUCGGCGACGUGGAACGCUUCGGCGAUAAUGUCGGAGAUGCCUACGACGAGGGACGCGAUGAGGGGCGUUAUGGCGACGAUGAUGAUCGUCGGGAUGAUGACUAUUAA